AUGUUCGUCAAGGGGAAGCGGCCUCAGUCAGGGAAAGAGUCGGGCAUACCACCCGCACAAUCCACUCAAGCGGCUCAAUCCAACUCGUAUAAGAAAGACGCAGUUCUGGACGAGGUGAAUCGAGUAUGUAGAAACGAGGAAUCGGGAACUCCAGGACCCAAUACCUAUGGUGACCAUGUCAAAUCUGUGGCAAAAGCGAAUGGGGAACGAGUACUUGCCAUGCCUAUCACCAAUGACCGUUACGCGGUUCUACAACGAAAGCUUGAAGACCUGGAACGAAUACAUAACGAAGGGAAAAAAUCCCAUCGUGCAGAAGUCGAACGACUCAAAACGGAACUAGCACGGAACCAGAAAUCCAAAGUUGAACUGACGGAGCGACUUGAAAGGCAAGCGAAGCAAGGAACUGCGCUCGAGCACAGACUUGAGGAACUCAAACGUGAGUCCUUAGCAGAUAAAGCAGAGAUUAAGGAACUCGCUUCGAAACUGCGUCGGUCGGAAAAUCAGCGGACAGAGGUGAUGGCCAAACAAGAGGACAUUAGUGAAGUCAGGAGGACGCUACGUACUGCCGAGACAAGGCGGAAAGAAGAGGCUAGGGAGAAGGACAAGAAGGUUGCCGAGUUGGAAAAAAUUCUUGCUUCAGAGAUUAAAAAAAGCGAGUCACAGCUGAAGACGAAAGAUCAGGAGAUUAAGACUCAGGGGGAGUCGAUUCAGCUGUUAAAAGUGGAGGUCAUGCAUGCUCGGGACGAAUUCGAGCAGUUGCAACAACAGUACCGCGAUUGUCAGGCAGAUAGCUCCGUUAAAGUGAGCUCGCUUCUUAACGAGCUGGAGAACCAUAGGAUCGUUUUGGAGAACGUAACCCAGAUGUACGGGAAAUUGGCAUCGACGACGAUCUCAAAACCCUUAUACGACGACCUGAAGCAUCGGCACUCGACUCUCCAGAUUCAGCAUCUUCGUACUCAGCGAAAGCUUAUGAAUUCGGAAUGCCAAGUAUCGGAGCUCGCCCGUCUUAUCAUACAAGUAAACGACGACCAUCGGUUUUUAAACGGGUGUCUGCGAGAAGCUGAAGCUGAAAUACGGAUUUGCCAAGAAAACGCCACUAAGUAUAUUCCCGAACAGCACUUGGCAGCCUCACUGAGUGGCCUUCAAAAGCGUAUCGAGGACGACCUAGAUCUACUUCUGCCGGUGAAACUUGAAAUUGCAGAGCAAGAAACUUCAUUAUUCGACAUUGCACAAAAACAAACCUUGCUUGCGUACUCCUCCGCCAUGGAAGAGUUGCUGGUAGUUCGAACUCUUGUACAUGUGCAGGAAAAUGAACUCUGGGGAGCGGAGGCUGCAAAGCAGGCGGUAGAGCUGCAACUGAAGGAAGUUUGGGAACAACGGGGACUGGCAGAGGGGUUACUCCAGACCGCAACAAACACCACAAACGACUUGCGAGUAUCUCUGGAUAUUUUCAAGCGUCAAUUAAGUGAAUUGGAGGCGAAAUUGGAGGAGGAGAAGCGUCAAGCUACCGUCGCCCAUGACAGUGUACAGAAACUGUCGUUACUAGUACAAAAAGGAAAGAUGGCUGAAGACGGCUUAAGAGCUGAGGUUGAGGUACUGACCACAGAAUUGAUCGAAGCGGAGAAGUACCAAGAAGCAUACUAUGGUUUGUGCGACCACCUAGAAGCUCUUUCAGCCAGAAAUGCACUAGCAGAGGAAGAGGCGCAGAAGUUGAGCGCUUUCAAUGCUGAAAUUAUUGGCCAUCGUAAUCCAGCUCAGCGUAUAAUGUAUGUGGAAAGGAUUCGCAACGAAUUAGCUGAGACUCAGCAUAAAUUGCUCGCUUCGACGAAGUCCCAUGAAGCUGUGGUGGCACUCAAUAACGAUCUACAGCAGGAACUAGACGGGUACAAGUCGGUGAUCUUGGAGAACAGACCGAAAACGACCUUUACACGAGUUGGAAGACCGCCUCUGGUAGACUUUAAUUAA